UGCAUCUGCGUGCAGAUACUGUGAGAAGCUUAAAACUCUACCACCGUAAUCAUAACACCUACAAGAAGCUGUUUUCUAGCUUGCCUGACAGGGGAUGAUGAUCAUUUUUUUACAUCCCCUUUCAAGGUGUAGAAACUUCCUUUUUCUGUAAAGUCUCAUUCUCGGAGUGAGGCUGUGUGUGACAGACUGAUACAAGUGGGUCCUCUGAGUUUUUAUUAUUUUCAGAAAUCCAGUUGUAGUCCCACAUGAGAUGGAGGCUCAGACAGUCAAGUGGUUGGUUUUUCUGGCCCUAAUAAAACAUGUUUCUACAAGUCCCUUUAAACUAGAACCUGGUGGGCUGCUGGCUACUGAGGGAUCCUGUGUUGAAAUUAAAUGCCAAGUCACAAGAGAUGUCGAUGAUCAUGAUGCAUACUGGUUUUGGAUGAAAGACUAUACAUCCACUGUCAUUUACAGCACAAACACCGUGACACGUCCGGUCAGUCCUGACUUUGCAAACAGAGUGAAUUACAUUGGUUCUCCAUCUUCAAGUUGGCAGAAUGCUAACUCUGCCGGGCCGAAGCCACUGUGCAAUAUUUUGAUCUGUGACCUGAGAAGAAGUGACAGCGGAAAGUAUUCUUUGAGAUUCGAAGGGAGGGAGCAAUGGUCAUCUGAAGAAGUUACCCUCAGUGUUGAAGUAAACCGAUGCCCGCUCACUUUUGAGGGACCAGCUGCUGUGGUGGAGUCCGACGUGGUCACACUCACAUGCUCCACUUCAAGUUCAUGUCCUUCACACCCUCAGAUUCAAGAUGUGACUCAGAUCGACCGGACACAGGUCACAGGCUCUCAUCAGGAUAAGGAGAGAACCACCACCUUCAGCUUUACAGCCAGCAGGGAGGAUGAUGGGAGAGAGUUUUCAUGCCAAACACAGGACAACACGGACAAAUAUUUGAUCAGGAAUAUUAAAGUCACUGUUAAAUACCCACCCACUGAACCUAAACUGUCUAUGAGGUCUGAUGUCAAAGAAGGUCAGACCAUCACCGUCAACUGCACUGCUGAAAGUUUCCCACAGUCAACUCUCACCUUGAUGAAGAUCAACACAAAUCAUCAGUCUUUACUAAUCACUGAAAAUAAUAUUUAUUCACGACCCAUCAACUCUCUCUCCCACACGUUUACUGUGACUUCAUCCGACGCUGGCUGGUACUUCUGCCGUGCCCAGAACACUGAGGGCUUAAAGGACAGCAAGCAGCAGGAGUUGGUGGUGAAAUGUGAGUGUUUCAGCUCCGGCUUUUUUUUCAACCGAACAGAUCAAACCAAAACUUUCCUAGUAUUUUUGUGACUUUGAGUUGUAAGUGAUUUUUCUUUCUGUUAGUGAUAUAUACAGAAAUCCGGAGUGGUUAUACUGUGGUCUAUAAGUGUUCUUAGGCAGACACAAGAGGCACUUGUCUAUUGUGUUGUGUUGGUUCUUUGUUG